AUGGCUGAAUUCGUGCGCGCCCAGAUUUUUGGCACGACGUUUGAGAUUACCAGCAGGUACACUGACCUGCAGCCCGUGGGCAUGGGGGCCUUUGGCCUUGUAUGUUCGGCCAAGGACCAGCUUACCAGCCAGGCGGUGGCUAUCAAGAAGAUUAUGAAGCCAUUCAGCACCCCCGUCUUGUCCAAGCGCACCUACCGCGAACUCAAGCUCCUCAAGCAUCUCCGACACGAGAAUAUCAUUAGUUUGAGCGACAUCUUCAUUUCGCCAUUAGAGGACAUUUACUUCGUCACCGAGCUGCUCGGAACCGAUCUCCACCGUCUGCUCACUUCCAGACCGCUGGAGAAGCAGUUUAUCCAAUACUUUCUCUACCAGAUUUUGCGUGGAUUGAAAUACGUCCACUCUGCUGGUGUCGUACAUCGUGAUUUGAAGCCUAGCAACAUUCUCGUCAAUGAGAACUGUGAUCUCAAGAUCUGCGACUUUGGUCUGGCCCGUAUACAAGACCCCCAGAUGACUGGAUACGUCUCCACUCGAUACUACCGCGCCCCGGAGAUUAUGCUUACAUGGCAAAAAUACGACGUCGAAGUGGAUAUCUGGAGUGCGGGCUGUAUCUUUGCGGAGAUGCUCGAGGGCAAGCCGCUGUUCCCCGGAAAGGACCACGUGAAUCAGUUUUCCAUCAUCACUGAGCUGCUCGGUACUCCGCCUGACGAUGUUAUCCAAACCAUCUGCAGCGAGAAUACGCUGCGAUUCGUCCAAUCCCUCCCCAAGCGCGAACGCAUACCGCUUGCGAACAAGUUCAAGAACGCGGAGCCACAAAGUAGGAGCCGUCAGAUGAUAGCCAGACACACAUCCACUCACAAGACAUAG